AUGGGCUUCGAUCUGCCGGAGAUUUACGUGAACGCGCCCUUCUCGUGGGGCCCGCCGGCGCGGGAGAUGACCGUCGACGGGGUGCCGGUGCGGCUCUACCAGAAGACCGACCCCCUCCCCCCAAGCGACUGGCUGGAGGUCAUGGCUGCCCGCGAGGAACGCGCCCGGGAGGCCCGCCAGUUCACUGUCGUCAAGGACGAAAACCGAGUGAAGGCUCUGCGCAACGUACACGCGAAGGAACGUCGCAACUUUGGACCCGAACGGCGAUUCACCAAGCGACCACAAAACCCACGCAACAACUUUACCAAGAAAACAAAGCGCAAUCUUACGCUGCUUCCCGACACUAUACGAGUACCAACAGAUGUGCGUAUCCUCGCAGAGUUUACGCAAGCUGAGUUGGCAAAGAUGCAGAAUCUGCAAGAUGUUCCAACCGUUGCAGAUAUCUCUAUUCAUAAUCGUCCACCUAUUUAUAAUAACAAUAUGGAUACUGCAAGUUGUAAAGCUUCAAUUCGACUUGAUGAGGAAAGUGCAGCUCGACAAGAAUUUGUUCGUUCAAAUACCCUCGAGGAUACGGUAUUCCGUGAUAUUCUCAAGAAGGAGACACAUGGUACCCAUCCUAUUAUUGUAACAACAGAUGAGGUUCUCGCUCUUAUAAUGACAUGCAGCCGUAGUGUUCACCCAUGGCAUGUUGAAUUCUUCCGUUAUGGCCGUAUAGUUUUUAUCACAAAAGCGGAGAAUAGUAAUAUUGAAAUGCAGUGGGUGGGUGAGACAGCAGAUUCUUCACGUCGUCCUACUGAGAAUGACCCAAUUGAAUCAGAGCGUAUCACAUCACUUGGUGUAGAGUCCACAAAGGCAAAUAACGCAUUUGUUGCUCAAGCAUGCACCAAAUCUCGUUAUCAGAUGAAAUGUGAAAAGAAUCCAUUCCCCAAUACCCAACCACGUAUGUACCGCUAUCGUCGCUAUGUUAUGCACGGUGAUUCAGAAGAUCGAUAUGAUUUACUUGUUCGUUGUGAAGUUGAUGCUGUACAGAAUGAUAAGUAUCUUCGUCUCUUUGGUCUUUUGGAGCAAUGCACAGAUGGUGUAAGCAGUGAGUGGCGUAAGACGCUAGACGCUCAAGGUGCGAAGUGGACUUCUGAUGAGUAUCGCAGAAACGCUCAGAAGAUGGCACGAUGGGUUUCCCUCUGUCAUUUGUCUGGUGCAUUAAUGAAAAUUGGUUUUGUUUCUCGUUGUCUUAAGAGUAACGGUACAUUGGAUCCCACAAAGCAUGAAGUGUUGGCCACCCAUACAAAAGACCCUGGUCCUCUCGCAGCACAAUUGGGCAUCAAAAUUGCGAACAUGUGGGCUAUUGCCGACGCCAUCAUUUUGUCGUUCUUGAAGCAACAGGAAUUUAAGGAUGCAGAACUUAUCAAGAAGAGUGGUGAAAACUCAAUUCUGCUGAUUGGACAUACGGGCGAUGAUGAUGAUGACGAUGACGAUGAUGGUGACGACGACGACGACGAUGAUGACGAUGAUGAGGAUGACGAGUAG